CAAGGCGCAUUCGGCGAAGUCUACGAGGGAACUCUCUUAAGCAGCAGUGGUCAUUUGGAGCGAUGUUUCUGUGUUGCUCAAAGUCUUCAAGAUUAUUGUUGUUGUUUCAGUAAAUUCCAACACGAAAACAUCUGUGAGUUCAAAGGAGUUUGUUUUGAUGUGAUGCCUCGAUUGAUUGUUUUGGAACUGCUGGCUGGAGGCGAUCUGAAAAGUUUUCUACGCGAAUGUCGUCCCCGUAAUACCAACGAGAAUGCUAUUGAAAUGGUGGAUUUGUUCGAAAUGGCUCGUGAUGUUGCGAAAGGUUGCAAAUUUCUGGCUGAUAAUCGUUUCAUUCAUCGUGAUAUCGCCGCCCGAAACUGUCUGUUGACGAAAAAGGAAAAGGGACGCGUAGUGAAAAUUGCUGAUUUUGGAAUGGCAAGAGAUAUUUAUAGGCAAGACUACUAUCGUAAGGGUGGGAAAGCGAUGCUUCCAGUGAAGUGGAUGCCUCCUGAGGCAUUCCUCGACGGUAUCUUCACGGUGAAAACUGACGUUUGGUCAUUUGGUGUUCUCUUAUGGGAGAUCUUCUCGUUGGGUUAUAUGCCUUAUCCGGGUCGAAAUAAUCAAGAAGUUAUGUCACUAAUCGUGAACGGCGGACGUUUGGAGCCUCCGAAUGGUGUGCCGGAUCAAGUUUAUUCGUUAAUGUUGGAAUGCUGGAGUACUAUUGAUAUUGAUCGUCCGAAAUUUGAUGACAUUAUCGACAGAAUAAAUGAUCCAUUGCUACGUUCCUCACCGUUACCAUCGAUAACGCACCGUAUGUCUCACUCUCAACUGCCCGUCAAAACAGUCCCAUUGUCAGAGAGCCCCCUCUCGAUGACGGACUCGAUUCCACAGAGCACACAAUCUCAAGCUACUAUUAACACUGUUGUCACAUCAUUCAGUGACAGCGCAUAUCCCUCAUGUGAUCCGAUGCCUACCAAAGGUAGCUGGACAACUCACUUCUCAUUCUUUUAUCAGUCGUUUGCUUUUCAGAUCAAUCGUUUCGUUUGUCAGUCGCUUUGA